AUGUCCCUCGUGACAAUUCAAGUCACCGAGCUCGUUGACGGAGUUUUCGUCGGGUUCUCCUUCAAUCAAGCCGUCGGUGAUGGGACUUCGUUCUGGAAUUACCUCACUGCCUUAUCUGAAACGUUUUGGAAAAAAACCCCAAUCUCCCGUCCUUCGAUGAACAAACGGCGGUUCUCUGAAGACCACGUCCCGAUAAUCCCUCUUCCGUCAGAUCAAAUCCCUAGCCGCUACGAAUCGCCAGAGCUCCUCGAGUGCUUCUUCCACUUCUCGGCCGAAUCGAUUGCUAAAAUCAAAUCGAAAACCAACUACCAAUUCCGGACCACCAAGAUCUCGUCGUUCCAAUCCCUAUCCUCAUUGGUCUGGCGAUGCAUAACCCGCGCUCGAAAUUUCCCUCCGGAGAAGAUCACCGGGUGCCGUCUCGCGACCAACAAUAGGGGAAGGAUGAAUCCUCCCCUGCAUCUUGACUACUUCGGGAACUCGAUUAAUCAGAUGAGGACCUUCACCCCGGCGGGGGAGCUACUGGGGAACGAUUUGGGGUGGGCGGCGUGGCGACUGCAGGAGGCGGUGGUGGGGCACAGCGACGAGAAGAUCAGGGGGAUUUUGUCGUCGUGGUUUGAGCCGUCGGUGGUUUACCGGAUGGAGCAGGUGUUGGACACGGUUAGUGUGAUGAUGGGGAGCUCGCCGAACAUGGAAGGAAUGCCACUGUCGGGCCGGAGGUUCUGUUCCGGUGGCGGUGAGGUUUGGUCAAGUAGGGUAUUGGGGUGUUAA